AUGAAUAACCCCGACCACUACUCCCACAACUUCCCAUCUUCCCCGAGUUACAUUUCGGACGACUCGGAGGACCCUUAUGAAGAGUCUGAAACGGACGAGCUGCACCCUUCCUCAGACUCGGAGCUCGUCUCACACCCUUCCGACAACGAGGACGUCCAAUCCUCCCGACUCCACGACAGCGACGAUGACACCGAUGAGGAUGGCGACGACGAUGAAGGCAACGGGCUCCUCGGCGAACGAGACGGCUUCCAAUUCGUCGGCCACUCGGAUCUGGAUGCUCUGACUCGCCCUCACAGCGCUCUGUCGCUUCACUCGGACCAUGACCCUCUCACAAAUGACAUGAACUUUGUCUACCCGUCGAUGACUCUGUCGCAGGAGUGCGAUAGGGACGGGGACAGGGGCAGACAGGCGACUUUGCCAGUCGUGGACAGCAGCAGCAGUGUUCAGGAAACACUGGCCGCGGCCUCGUCGACUGCAACGCUUACUCCUGUGAGUGCUGUGAGUGUAAUUGGGACUGCGAACGCAAAUGAAAUGGAGCAACUUGAUUCGCACGACCCCUCAGCACAUGACAUUCCAGCGACUUUAGACUCGAGCCUGGAGACCAUCUCCGGUCAACAGUACCACCACCACCACCACCAACAGCUCUCAUCUUCUGAGCCCAGCGACAACAACAGCAACAACCAUAAGCUCCAAGAGCAGCGCAUUAUCGGCGAUGAAGGCCAGGGGGACGAUGGCACCAAGAUCCACACCCACAACAACAGCUCAUACGGCAGCACUAUCAGCACCGUAAACAGUGACACCAGCGAGAGCGAGAAUGAGCUCGAUACCUACACCCCUCCCCCACCCCGCACGUUAAGAACCGUCCACACUACAUCAAGCACAGUGUUGGCCAUCCUUAGCUCACCCCCAGGCAUUCAUACUGUCGACCACGACCACAAGCUGAUUGCCCCUGUCACAAACCAAGGUUCUUCUAACGGCGAUAACGAACCAUCGGGCUACAUCAAAGCCGCUCCCCAGGACCAUUCACCCAUCAAGAGUCAAGUUAACCAUCUCCCACAGCCAUCAAAGGAAGCACCAUCCCCAGAGCGCAACUUCAUCAGGACCUUGGUGACUUUUACCCGACUAGCCGGUCUUGUCUCACUCGUCCUUGUGGGAGGAUUCCUGGCCGUGGAGUGCUACUACCGUUCGCUACAGCCAGCCCAUGUUGCUCUCUCUGCGACCGGAGUUACAUAUGCGGACAAUCACCGCUUGGCGGUGGUGAACCUCGAUGUUUACUCUUCAAGGCUUCGGCAGGAAACGCAUGUCCGCCGAUCGCCUGGAUUCCACGUCCGUGUUCUAAAAGACAACAGCCUCUGGAGCCUUCAGGAUGCACCCGCUCAGCCUCUGUACCUCUUUGCGGACCCCUUUGUUGUCUGCCCAGACGGAGGUUCAUGUCAGAUCUACGUUGCAUCGCUCCAGAAGCGCCACAAGAAGAACUCUUCGCCUUGGCUUUGUCAUGACACUGGGUACUAUGUCCACAUUUGGUUUGCGAACGGUACCCGAGUCCCAUUGUCACCACCCGAGAUCUUUACAACACGAGGCAAGAGCGACCGGAAACCUCUUGCUUGUCUGUCCCCGGCGACUUUCAUUGGCACUCAUAGUGACAAAGUCUCUUCCAUGCAAGAGGAGGACGAUGAGGACAACUACCUUGCCUACUGGAAGGAGCGGUGGCAGCAGAUGUCAGGUACUGUCUCAAGUCGAUUCUCCAACAAGUCUCAGAUCGCUGUUUACUGGGAUCCCUUCCAGCCAGUCGUCGCACGGGCCAAGGCCGUGGCACACGCGGUUGCAGUUUAUUACAGGCAGUCGGCGGACAGGAUGGUCAGCAUGUUGAUUGAGCUGAAAGGUCGCCUGCCCAGCGUCAACAUCAAGACCAACAGCCGUUCCGAUUCGUCUCUCAGCCGGGCUCGAUCUAAUGCCAAGGUGUUUCAAGCGAGGAUGGCCUCCAAGGUGCAUGAUCUGGGCGAACGAAUUCCACUGCUCCGGUGCAAAGAGGAGAAGGCUCGGAGACAGGCCAAGAUUUCGAUGGAGGAGCAGGUACGGGCAUUCAAGAAGACCGUUGAGGAACAAUUUGACAGUGUCACGGCCGACAAGAUCUUGCGCGUGGCUGACGACGUUCUUUCCGUGGCGGAGGCCAGUCUCGAAGCUAUUCUCGACACGGAGACCGUCAAGGAUCUGGCAAAGACGAUGCGUGCGGACGAAAUUAAGCGGGCGACAGAGAGAGCGGUUUUGAAGGCGGAAGAACAAUUGGACGCGCUUCUUCACUCGGAGUUGGCACGCCAAGUUAAUCGCGAUCUGCAACGUCUGGUGGAUGAUUUCAAAGCGACACCCACGGGAGGCAAGAUUGUUCAAGAGGCGCAGGACAUGCAGUCGGAUGCGAAGCGGUACUUUCGCAGUCUGCAGCGAAAGUUUCGAUUGAUUCGUCUGGAACGAUAA